ACAAAACGGAAACAGGCACGCCCGAAGCAAAUAGGGAGGCAGCCAGAGAGAGAGAUGGCGUCCGUGGUGAAGAGCGCUUUGAAAGCGAUCAGAGAAAGGGGAAUAGGGAACUUCUUAAGGGAGCUCAGGGAAGAAGGAUACUUGAAUUGCAUAUUCGACGGAAAUCUUUUGCAAACCAAGAUUCACAACAUAGGUGCAACAGUCGUGGGGAUUGACAAAUUUGGUAACAAAUAUUAUGAAAAACUCGGAGAUACUCAAUAUGGGAGGCAUAGGUGGGUGGAAUAUGCAUCAAAGAGCCGCUAUAAUGCUUCACAGGUGCCACCAGAAUGGCAUGGUUGGCUUCACUUCGUGACCGAUCACACUGGAGAUGAGCUUCUGAUGCUGAAACCGAAAAGAUAUGGCGUUGAGCACAAAGAGAAUUUAUCUGGAGAGGGUGAAGAAUACAUCUAUCAUUCUAAGGGACACACCCUCAAUCCUGGGCAGAGAGAUUGGACCAGGUACCGAUCCUGGGAGCCCACCAAGGCCUAAAUUUUCACUCUUCCCAAGGCAGCAAGAAACUGGGGAAUUCUUCAGAUAUUUGGUUCCUGCUUUUGAAUAACAAAUGUUCUGUACUUUAAGCUGGUUGUGUGAAACUGUUCAUUUGGAGAAAACUGAAGUAGUGUAUUCCUUUUUAUUCGCCAAACACGGUUGCUAAUGCUUCACCCAUGCUUUGUCUUUUUAAUGCUAACAUUUUUACAUGUGA